AUGGCGGACAAUGGCGGCGUCAUUACCUUUUCCAAGGCAUCGUCUUUGCUGUUAUCAUCACCCCACUCAGUCUACUCUGGGGGUAACCCUGGAUCUGGGUAUCCCACUCGGAUGAUGGCGGCGCUCAGCACCAUUACCCCUGUUGAGGGCACCGUUUUUGGAGCAGCGGUCGAGUGGUAUGGUCUGGUGGUGAACCGAUGGAGCAGCGUGUUUCUACUGCGUCGACGACGACGGGCCUUAGUGCCGUGGUGCAGUUGGGUACUGACGGCGGAUGCAGAUGAUGUACAUGUGCAGGGAGGGGCGAUGUCUGGCGUCGUGGUGAUGUCGGGGCAGUAUCGCCAAGGUGAUCCAUUGGCUUCAAGUGCACGCAGCAUCAUGUUUUGGCGUCUUUCCAAGACACUCACUGUAAGCCCAGCAAUAGCCUCUAGGAUGACCAGCCAGCAUCACCAGCUUCAGCAGCGUGCACCAGUGAGCGGCACAGCCAAAGGAAAGGCCAAGCUCAAAGCUGGCAUGCCUUUGAAGCGCUCCACCAUAGCAAAGAAGGGUGGCACACCUUCCGCUGGUGGGGGUGGCCGUGGUCGCCGUGAAGCCAUCGAGCGUAUUACUCGGAUUGCGGAGUCUUGUCUCAAAUCGCCAACCCCCUUACCUCACUUGUCUCCCAAGGAGCGUCUUCGUGAGGCAAAACUAGAGGAGCUUGGGCUCAUCUCUAAGGAGCGCCAACGUGAACUUGAUGCUGCCAAGGCUAAAGCCAAGUCCAAAGGUACUGGUGGAGCUGAUGGCAGCCGUGUGCUGAUGGGUCCACCGGGCCUUGACUAUAUCACUCUUGGGCUGGUUGAUGAGGAGGCAAUCCCUGAAUAUGAGCUGACAGUUGAAGAUGGUCGACGACUUGCCAAAGAAUACAGCCGUGUGCUAAUGCGACUGCACCGUGCACGACAAACUGCUGAAACAGCACUUUUGAUCCUCAAGAACGAGGCCAUCGUGGCACUCCCUGAGAAGCUGCAAGCUGCUGCUAUGGUUCUUGACAUGAUACCAUUCCCUGCAAACCGGUACAUGGCAACACUCACGCAACCAAUUGAAGGAUAUAUUGAAAAGGUGCGGGACGCUGCUAAGAAGUAUUCAGUGAAGGAAAAGCUUCGCUGAGUUUAAUU